UCCGCUCCUCUCCGGCUGCUCCCCGGCUGCUCUCUGGGUCCGGCUGCCUCUGCCUGGCUCUGGCUCGGCUGGCAGACUCCCUGCUCUCUGCUCCCGCCCCGUCGUCCCUCCACCUGCCCCUGCACAUCUCUCCACCCUCCCCCACAAGGGCUUCCCUUAUCUCUCGCCAGCUGUCUCCACCUUCCCGUCCUCUCUCUCUCUUCUUGCAGCUCUCUCCUCUCGGCCUUCCUGAAUCUCUGCCGCCUGUCUCUCCUCCCUGCCUGCCCCUGAGGUCUCCCUGGCUGUCUCUUCAUUCUCUGUAAUGUCUGUCUCGGCCUGUAUCCCCUCCUCCCCACCAGCCCCCUUCCCCAUCCCCACCCUGACCCCUGACUCCGGGCCACACACCCCCACCUCUGGCAAGGUCACCCGUGCCCUCUCAGCACAGUCACCCCCCCCCCACCGCCUCCUCCCCCGGCCAGGCCCUGCCCCUGGCCUCCGGCCUGGCCACUUUAGGACUCUGCCUGCCCUUGGGCCAUUCUGACACUUCCCAGCCCCGGCUCCAGUGGCCCUCGGCCUCACCCUUCCCCGGACUCUCUCCCAGGCCCCGGGUUCUCCCCUCCCCGGCCCGCCAGCUCCCGGUCUCUGCAGCCACCCCUGCACCUUUCCCGCUGUCUCACCAGAAAACCAGCCCCAACACGCCAGAGCCCCAACCCUCAGGUCUGCCUCCAGCCCUCCUCCCCCCUCCCCCUCCCUCAGCCCCGCCCCGGUCCCUCCCGGCCCCUGGGGCCCUCCCAGCCUCCCGCAGACCGGCUGGGCUGGGCUGGGCUGGGCUGGGCUGGAGAACAACAGUGCUGGAGACACCAGAGGAGGAGGAGAGCAGAGGGCCGGCCCAAGGCCCCGGGCGCUGGAGCUGGCCGGAGCCGGACCCAGAGCUCCCACAGCUGCCCCUUCCUGGGCCGGGUCAUGCGCUGCCCCAAGUGCCUUCUCUGCCUGUCAGCACUGCUCACACUCCUGGGCCUCAAAGUGUACAUCGAGUGGACGUCUGAGCCCCGGCUGGGUAAGGCCUACCCGGGACCCCGCAGCACCCCACCAGGCCCCACGCCAGCCAGCCCCGAGCCCACCCUGCCGGCUAACCUCUCGGCCCGUCUGGGCCAGACUGACCCUCUGCCCUCGGCUUACUGGAACCAGCAGCAGUGGCGGCUGGGGACCCUGCCCGGUGGGGACAGCACUGAGGCAGGGGACUGCCGCGCUUGGGGAGCUGCCGCUGCGGCUGAGAUCCCCGACUUCGCCUCCUACCCUGAGGACCUCCGCCACUUCCUGCUGUCGGCAGCCUGCCGGAGCUUCCCACGCUGGCUGGCCAGGGGCGGCGGUGGCCAGGUGGCCAGCUGCGAGGAUCCCGACGUCCCCUACCUGCUGUUGGCUGUCAAGUCGGAACCAGGGCGCUUUGCGGAACGACAGGCCGUGAGGGAGACGUGGGGCCGGCCGGCUCCCGGGGUCCGGCUGCUCUUCCUGCUGGGGUCCCCAGCGGGCGAGGGGAGGCCUGACCUAGGCUCCCUGGUGGCCUGGGAGAGCCGCCACUACAGCGACCUGCUGCUCUGGGACUUCCUUGACGUCCCCUUCAACCAGACGCUCAAGGACCUGCUGCUGCUAGCCUGGCUGGGCCGCCACUGCCCCGGCGUGAGCUUCAUCCUGCAAGGCCAGGAUGACGCCUUCGUGCACAUCCCCGCCCUUCUGGACCACCUGCAGGCCCUGCCGCCCAGCGCGGCCCGUGGCCUCUACCUGGGUGAGGUCUUCACCCAGGCCAAGCCCCUCCGGAAGCCUGGGGGACCCUUCUACGUGCCUGGGUCCUUCUUUGAAGGCGGCUACCCAGCCUACGCAAGUGGGGGCGGCUACGUCAUCGCGGGCCGCUUGGCACCCUGGCUGCUGCGGGCGGCGGCACGCGUGGCCCCCUUCCCCUUCGACGAUGUCUACACCGGCCUGUGCUUCCAAGCCCUGGGCCUGGCCCCCAGGACCCACAAAGGCUUCCUCACGGCCUGGCCGGCAGACCGCACUGCUGACCCCUGUGCUCUCCGUGACCUGCUGCUGGUGCGGCCCCUCAGCCCCCAGGACAGCAUCCGGCUCUGGAAACAGCUGCGGGACCCUCAGCUCCAGUGCUGAGACUCGGAGGUGGGGAGGGUCGGGGAGGGCAGACCUGGCCUGGGCCUUGGCGCCAGCCCCUUGCUCAGCCUCUCUUUCUAGGCCUCGGUGCGAGGAAGGGGGUCCUGGAAUGGAGGCUGCCUGAGCCCUCCCUGGGCCUCCCCAAAAGGCGACAGACUGUUUCCGUCUUUCAGUUUUUGAAAAAUAUGCACUCCCCACUCUGA